ACUGCGAGUGCCCGAGUCCUGUUUCCUAAUCCCGAAUGCCCAUCUGGGUCGCAUGGAGCACUAGAUAGCCAGAUAGCCGACACAAAAAAGUUCCGUCCCCGUGAUAAGCCGAAUCGAGCGAAACCUGGCCACGCAGCAGAUAUCGGAUGGACUUCGGCAUGGACACGCUGAGAGCUCUGGAGCCGCUGCACCGCGUCUGCCAAGUGUGCAACCUGUGGCCCUGGCGCCUCGCACCUCCGCCAGACUCGGAAGGCAUCCUACUCCGCCGAUCGCGUUGGCUGGAGCUGUACGGCUGGACCGUGCUGAUGGCGGCCACCGCCUUCACCGUCUACGGCCUCUUCCAGGAGAGCAGCGUACAGGAGAGGCAGGACUCGGAGUCCACUAUCUCGACCAUAGGCCACACGGUGGACUUCAUCCAGCUGGUAGGCAUGCGGGUGGCUCAUCUGGCUGCCGUGCUGGAGGCCCUGUGGCAGCGGCAAGCACAACGACGUUUCUUUGCGGAGCUUGGCGAGAUCGAUCGCCUGUUGUCCAAGGCCCUGAGGGUGAACGUGGAGGCCAUGCGCCUCCAGAUGCGUCGCCAGACCUCGCGCCGAGCUGUGUGGAUCCUGUGGGGCUAUGCGGUUAGUCAACUGCUUAUCCUGGGCGCCAAGCUGCUCGCCCGGGGCGACAGAUUCCCCAUCUACUGGAUCAGCUACUUGCUGCCACUGCUCGUGUGCGGUUUGCGUUACUUUCAGAUUUUCAACGCCACUCAGCUCGUGCGCCAGCGCCUGGAUGUGCUUCUGGUGGCCUUGCAGCAGCUCCAGCUGCAUCGGAAAGGGCCCGCUGUGGACACUGUGCUGGAAGCGCAGGACGACUUGGAUGGAGCGGCAAUGGAUCGACUGAUCGCCGUCAGACUCGUCUAUCAACGGGUGUGGGCGGUAGUGGCCUUGCUAAACCGCUGUUACGGGCUCUCCAUGUUGAUGCAGGUGGGCAACGACUUCCUGGCCAUUACCUCCAACUGCUACUGGAUGUUCCUUAACUUUCGUCAGUCGGCGGCCUCGCCCUUCGACAUCCUGCAGAUCGUGGCCAGCGGCGUAUGGUCUGCCCCCCAUCUGGGCAAUGUUCUCGUCCUUUCGCUCCUUUGCGACCGAACGGCCCAGUGCGCCACUCGUCUGGCCCUGUGCCUGCACCAGGUGACCGUGGAUCUGAGGAAUGGGAGCCACAACGCUCUGAUAACCCAGUUCUCGCUGCAGCUACUCCACCAACGGCUCCACUUCAGCGCCGCUGGCUUCUUCAAUGUGGACUGCACUCUUCUCUAUACGAUCGUGGGAGCAACAACCACGUACUUGAUAAUUCUGAUCCAGUUUCACAUGAGCGAAUCCACCAUCGGCGGACAGUAG